UCCCCCAUGCCUUCCAGUUCACGCUUCCGUCCUGACGCAAACGUGCGGCCGCCUUCCGCACUGCGGGCUUGUCCUUGGCCCUGCCCUAGUCAGUUUCCUGAAGCAUGCGCAGUUGCCUUUCCUUCCGUUCCUGUGCGGGGCGUACGUCAAGAUGGCGGCGUCUGUAUUAAACACCCUGCUGAGGCGUCUUCCUAUGCUUUCUCUCUUCCGAGGUGCCCACAGAGUUCAGGUUCCCCUCCAGACUCUUUGCACCAAACCUCCCUCUGAGGAAGAUUCUUUGUCCUCAAUUCCCAUUUCUCCUUAUAAGGAUGAACCCUGGAAAUAUCUGGAAUCAGAAGAAUACCGGGAGCGAUAUGGUUCUCGCCCUGUCUGGGCUGACUACCGCCGCAACCACAAGGGUGGUGUACCCCCACAGCGGACUCGGAAAACAUGUAUUCGUGGGAAUAAAGUUGCUGGGAAUCCCUGCCCCAUCUGUCGAGAUCACAAGUUGCAUGUUGACUUUAGGAACGUGAAGCUCUUGGAACAGUUUGUCUGCGCCCACACGGGUAUCAUCUUCCAUUCUCUAUACACAGGAGUCUGUGUGAAGCAGCACAAGAGGUUGACCCAGGCCAUCCAGAAAGCCAGGGAUCAUGGUCUCCUCAUUUACCACAUCCCCCAGGUUGAACCACGGGACCUUGAUUUCAGUACCUCUCAUGGGGCUGUGAGUGCUACUCCGCCAGCCCCCACCCUGAUCUCAGGUGACCCCUGGUACCCAUGGUACAACUGGAAACAGCCACCAGAGAGAGAACUGUCACGCCUUCGCCGGCUUUACCAGGGUCAUCUCCGAGAAGAGAGUGUCCCCCCACCUGAGUCAAUGCCCAAGAUGCCCCCUACAGCACCAGCGGAAGCCUCCUUCACUGGGCAGACAGACCCUCAGAGUACUCUGUAGGAGCCGUAGACUGGGAAGAGAGGCCAGGCAUGGUGGCUUACAAAAAAAUACAAAAGUUAGCUGGGUGCGGUGCUGCACGCCUGUAGUCCCAGCUAUUGGGGAGGCUAAGGUGGGAGGAUCACUUGAUCUCAGGAGGCGGAGGUUGUAGUGAGUUGCAGUCACACCCCUGCACUCCAGCCUGGUUGACAAAGCCAGACCCUGUCUCAAAAAAAAAGAAAAAAAAAAGGGAAGAGAGCCAGAGGGACUAGGAGAUAAUGUGUAUGUAGGUUUAUAUGAUGGGAUAUCACCCUGAAGAGUUGUGUCUUCUGCGGCCAAUGACAAAUCCAGGAAAUAAAUGAAUGUUGCUGAUAGGGAUAAAUCUUGAGGCUGAGGGAGGGCAGGACAGAUGUGUAUGGGAAACCCCAACCCCUAUAUAUUGUAAAUAGAUGGGCUGGGCUAAACAUUGUUGCUGUUUCAGACUUAAACCAACUCAGCUUUUAAACAAUAAAGCUCUACUCUCCUGUCUCUAGUUU